UUCCACUUGCAGAUGGUUACGCGGAUCCCCCCGUCAGGCCUGUCAGAGCUGCUGCUGACUAUUCUCCAGCGGAGCGGCUGGCAGGAGGGCAUGGCUGUGCUGUGCCAGGGUUGGGAGGAGGCUGGCCUGCUGGAACUACUGGAGAUCCAGAGCCGCCUUGGCUGGGGCGCCACCCGCUGGCACCUCCGAGCCCUCCUCAAUCUCACCCGGGCCGGGCCCACAGAAUCCGAAAUCCAGGACUUCCUUUCGGAACACUUCCGGGGACAGGGGCCAAGUCAGAUCCUGCCACCGGCCGCGGUACUGCUGUUCGGGGCCGACCCGGAGUGUGCCGCGGCGGUGCUGCGGAGCGCCCAGGACUUGGGGCUGACGCUGCCCACAGUGCACUGGGUGCUGGGCUACCCGCUGAGCCCCGACACCCUGCACUCCAUCGGCCUGCCCCUGGGGCUGCUGGCCUACGGUGAGGUGGAGCGCAAGCCGCUGGACUUCUACAUCCGCGACGCGCUGCAGCUGGUGGGCCAAGCUGUGGCAGCAGCCACAGUGGUGCGUCCCGACCUGGCGCUCAUCCAGAACAUGGUCAACUGCUACGACAAGCCCAACAAGCAUGAGGUGCCCUCUUCCGGACAGUACCUCGCCAGAUUCCUGUCUAACACGUCGUUCUCGGGGCUGACAGGGCCGGUGUCGGUGCAGAGGAACCUGUCCCGGGUUCUCACCUCUCAGCGCUUCCACAUCUGGAGCCUGCGGCGGGAUGCGGUGGGCCAGCCCACCUGGGUGACGGUGGGCAGCUGGGAGGGGGGCCGCCUGAAGGUGGAGGACCAGAGCCUUUGGCAGGGUCCUAAUGGCAAGGGCCACGACCGGGGGGAAGGCCAGAGGAGUGGGGGCCGGUGGCAGCCAGGCAUGCCUGUGGCAGACAGCCGGGUGCGGGUAGUUACCCUGGUGGAGCACCCCUUUGUAUUCACGCGGGAAGUCGAUGAGGACGGGAACUGCCCGGCGGGACAGUACUGCCUGGACGCAGGGACGAACAGCUCGGACAUGCUGGAGAGCUACUUCAGCGAGCGUGCCUCGGGAAACUCUACCUUCCUGCCCACGGACUACAGCAAGUGUUGCUACGGAUACUGCAUUGACCUGCUGGAGAAACUGGCCGAGGACUUGCGCUUUGAGUACGACCUGUACAUCGUGGGUGACGGGAAGUAUGGAGCGUCGAAGAGCGGCCGCUGGACAGGGCUGGUGGGCGACCUGCUCAAUGGCGUGGCCGACAUGGCCGUCACCUCAUUCAGCAUUAACUCAGUGCGUAGUCGCGUCAUCGACUUCACCUCGCCCUUCUUCUCCACCUCACUAGGUAUCCUGGUGCGCAGCAAGGACACAGCGGCACCCAUUGGUGCCUUCAUGUGGCCCCUUCACUGGUCCAUGUGGGUGGGUAUCUUCGUGGCACUGCACAUCACCGCCCUCUUCCUCACCCUCUACGAGUGGAAAAGCCCUUUUGGCAUGACGCCACACGGACGCAACCGCCUGCGGGUCUUCUCCUACUCGUCGGCGCUCAACCUGUGCUACGCCAUCCUGUUCGGCCGCACAGUCUCCAGCAAGACUCCUAAGUGCUGGACGGGUCGGUUUCUGAUGAACCUGUGGGCCAUCUUCUGCCUGCUGGUGCUGUCCAGCUAUACAGCCAACCUGGCCGCCGUCAUGGUCGGCGAGAAGACCUUCGAGGAGCUCUCGGGGAUCCACGACGCCAAGCUCCACCACCCGUCCCAUGGUUUCAGGUUUGGGACGGUGAGGGAGAGCAGUGCCGAGGAGUACAUGAAGAAGAGUUUCCCAGAGAUGCACGAGUACAUGAGGCGCUACAAUGAGCCCACCACACCUGAUGGAGUGUCCACCCUCAAGGUAGAUCCCCCUCAGCUUGAUGCCUUCAUCAUGGACAAGGCCCUGCUGGACUACGAGGUGUCCAUCGACGCAGACUGCAAGCUGCUCACCGUGGGCAAACCCUUCGCCAUCGAAGGCUAUGGAAUAGGCCUCCCGCAGAACUCCCCUCUGACCAACAACGUGUCAGAGUUCAUCAGUCGCUACAAGUCAGACGGCUACAUGGACAUGCUGCACGACAAGUGGUACAAGGUGGUGCCCUGUGGGAAGAGGGUGUUCGCCGUCACCGAGACUCUCCAGAUGGGCAUCCGUCACUUCUCAGGGCUGUUUGUGCUGCUGUGUGUGGGCGUGGCCACGUCGCUGCUCACCCUGGCUGGGGAGCACGCCUUCUAUCACAUGGUGCUGCCCCGCAUCCGACGACGACAAAAGUACAAGUACUGGCUCCACACCAGCCAGAAAAUCCACAGAGCCCUGAACCAGACCUAUGAGGACGUGAAGAAGAAGCAAGACACCAACACAGAGAAAAGUAGCUGCUGCAUCCAGAAGAACCAGCACCCCCAGCCUCCCCCUGACCCCCUUCUCUCCAGGACAUCGGCCAAGUGGAACAGCGAGAACAGCAGGGACGCUGCAGCCGCUAAGGACAACAAACGCGUCCACUUUAACCUGGAGACCCUCAACAGCCGCCGCCUGCUGGCCCGGGCCGUGACCAAGUCCGAAGGGGACAGAGGGGGGGAAGGUAUCCCCAGGGCUAACCAGGCAACACGUGUCUGUGCAAAUGGAGGCUUCGGGACUUCCUUUGCCAACCUGGUGCUCUCCCUCCCCUCCGCCUCUUCUUCAUCCAUCCCUUCUUCAUCUUCCUCCUUGGGCGUUCCUCCAAGGCCAGGGGAGCUACAAGAGCUACAGGAGAAGAUCGACCUGAUCCGGGAUCAGCUAAGGACGGCUCUGGCCAGGAGGGCUGAGCUGCAGACUUCCCUGGCCAAGGAGAAGGCCGCCUGCUCUGCACCCAUAGUGUCAGGAAUGCCCCCUGUGGUUUUAGCUGCAGCAUCCCUCCCCACCUCCACCAAAACCACCUCGUCCCUCCCCUCCACCCGCUGUGCCACCACCAUGACAGACCCUGUCCUCAAGGCCCUGCCCACAGUCCGCACAGCCCCCGCCAAACACACCAACGAGAAGAGGUGAUGCGCCUCUGGUGUUUGGACACAGACCAAUCAAUGGUGUAGUAAGGGGUUAAAAGGGGAGGGGUUUGUUGAAAGCAGCUGGAUUCCCUUGGUUUGGAUGUAUCCUUUUCCUGUGAUCCUGAUGCCGUAGCAUGGCAGCUCUUUCCCUGGACACCAACCUUUCAACCUUUUGCUACUGGGUGAAAAAUGAAAGAGCUUCUAGGGCAAUUCCUUGUGCUCUACGCUGCCCAACUGCCUCAUAUGGCUGGUAAAAUGUGCGCAACCUCAGGCCUACUUGAAUACAGUAUAUCGUCCCAUGCGGUGGGGCUGGAGGUACCAGCACGCCCACCCAUGGCGCUGCAUCUGUUCUGUGAACUGAGCCAUUAAACAUUCUAGCGCUCACUCCUCUGCCACAGGACCCGACUCCCGCGGAGGAAUCAGGAGCGGUGCAUUAUGUUUUAUUUCCUUUGAGAUCCGAAUCGAUAUUGUUCACUGGCCUUGAUUGACAUGUUUUUCAAGAAUAAAAGUCUGAUGAAAGUGUUGAUUGUGAUGAAGUUUGAAAUGUGAAUCCUUGUCAUGUGUACUUUGUGUGGUCUGUAUUUUUACCUUUCGGGUACUGAGGGUUACAUUUCAGUGAUAGAAUAACAGGUAUUAGGCAUGUUUGAUGUCUGGCAGUGUAUAGAGAGCAAUAGUAAUGGUGUUUUUUUGUAGGCACCAUGGUUGGUUGGGAAAAAGCCUACGGGAAAAUUGAGUUGGAUAAACGCCAAAAAUAAGGUCUGUGGUACACGCAGGCUUAGAUCUUUUACGGUUUGUUCUAUGAGAA